CGAUCCUGUCCCAGUUACAGGAGCCUUCUCUAACACAUCUGCUGCUCUCACAUGCCCUCUUGCUUGGAUAGCUCACAGUCUGUCAAACACCAGACUCUUCAUUUAGACUCAUUCAUUUACUUCAUUCUGCUGCUUUCAUACCGCCGUGUUUCUGAUAGGUUAACGCACUUACCACUGCUUGAAAAAAGUUUGUAAAAGAAGAUACUCCAGGUGACCCAACCUGAGCAUUCAGCUUCAUCCAUCUUCUUGGCGGGUGGGAAGGCACCACACUGACCCGCCAUGUUUCUGGUUCUGGUGGUUACAGAGGAGCUGAGGGAGUUUUUGGCCCGGGCACGAAACGGGACCGGCCGCCUCAUCCAGGUGUUGAUCAGAGACGAGCAGCUGGUGCUGGGGGCGUACAGAGAGCCCCGUCACAGCUGGGACAAAGACUAUGACCCCGUCCUACUCCCCCUGUUGGAUCCGCUCGAGCCCUGCUAUAUCUUAUACCGGCUGGACUCCAAAAACGCACAGGGCUAUGAGUGGCUCUUCAUCUCCUGGUCUCCGGAUCAGUCGCCUGUCCGACAGAAGAUGCUGUAUGCUGCCACUCGCGCUACAGUGAAGAAAGAGUUUGGUGGUGGACACGUCAAAGAUGAGAUGUUCGGCACAGUUGAGGAGGACAUUUGUCUCCAGGGGUAUCUGCGACACAUCACUUCAUGCUCAGCACCAGCGCCUCUGACAGCAGCUGAACAGGAGCUUCAGAGAAUCAAAAUCACAGAGGGCAGAGUUAAACAGGUGAAGGCUGAGAUCAGUGUGGACCCCAAACAUCAGACUCUACAGGGUCUCGCUUUUCCCUUACAGGCUGAAGCCAAACGUGCUUUAAAGCAGCUCGCGGAGAGACGCAUCAACUACAUUCAACUGAAGUUAGACACAGAGAAAGAAACCAUUGACCUGGUGCACACCAGUCCAACAGACAUCCGGGACCUGCCAUGCCGGAUUCCUCUGGAUACACCCAGAUAUCACUUCUUCCUCUACAAACACUCACAUGAGGGCGAUUACCUCGAGUCUGUUGUGUUCAUAUACUCUAUGCCAGGAUACAGCUGCAGCAUCAAGGAGAGGAUGCUCUAUUCCAGCUGCAAGAGUCGACUUCUGGAUGAAGUAGAGAGGGAUUUUCAUCUCGAGGUGGCUAAGAAGCUGGAGAUUGACAGUGGAGAGGAGCUGACAGAGGAAUAUCUGUAUGAUGAGGUCCAUCCUAAACAACAUGCCCACAAGCAAGCGUUCCCCAAGCCUCGUGGGCCUGCUGGAAAAAGAGGAAACAAGCGUCUGAUCAAAGGUGGAGGAGAGAACGGCGGAAACAGCUAGAAUGAACACAAGAGAGAGAGAGAGAAAUGAACUUCAGUUGCUCCAUGAACGUCCCACAGGUCCCUUUUUUCCCACCCGUCUGCAGGUCAUCUGUUCAUCCUGCAGGCGAAGAGAAAGAAAAAUCACAAUACUGUGCUCAGUUGUUUUUUGUUUCUAUUUUCUCUGGCUUGUAUUUAAUCAAUGUUUCAUUCAGUCGGUGUGUUAUGUGCAUAUAACAGCGCCCUCCGCUAAUAUCGGCACCCUUGGUAAAUAUAUCGGUUAGCCUUUUGCUCAAAAUCUUAAUAAACAUAGUGAAGUUGAUUUAGUUUUCAAUUGUUUGUUCUCAGUGAGAGCAGAAUUGUUAAUAUUUUGCACAAAAGUUCAAAAGGUAACACAAUAAAGUUAUCUUUUCACAGGCUUUUUUGCUCAAGUUUACCAGUGGAGCCAAUAUUAGCGGAGAGCAGUGUAUUUAGGAGACAAACUCAGGAAUUAAUUUUAUCCGUGUACAUUUUCGGAGCAUAUUUUUGUUACGUCAUUUCGAACGUACAGGCAGACACGCUCCAAACUCUCAGCAUAUUAAAAAAGGGUUUGUGUUUAUUAGCUUGCUCGUGCCUUAAAUGUGUUUUUCAAAGAAGUUUGUCCACCUUUUUAAACCCCAAAGUCCAAGAACCUGCUGCAGAUUCAUAGAAAAUGACUCACCCAUAUUCACACACACUCAGCCAAGCCUAAUGUGACACGUAGUCAGAAUAUUAUACUCGUCUACGUGACAGUCGGUCAGUUUGUUCAGUAACAGAUAUGUCGCAAUGAUCGGAUGUGUUAAAAUAUGCAGAUUUACACAUUGAUUUAAGAUUCAUUUUACAAUUCAUGCAUUGUAUUUUUGGGUCAAAGAUGAAAAAGUCAUUUUAUUUAUAUAGAAAUCCUAAUAAAUUCAGGUGGUGUCUACUUUAAUAUUUCAAAUCACCUUCGUGAAAAUAAAUUGUCAAAAUAUGGAAAAAAAUAUUAUGAUUUGUCAUAAUUAAGGUCAUUUCUGUUAUGUAAAGACUUAAUACAUUUACAAAUAUAAUAUAAAUGAAAAAACUAUUUUUUUUCUCAGCUGCACUUAUCAAAAUAUACAAAGAAAUAAGUGACCGUACUAAAUUCAUUAUAAUGUAAAUGUUUAAAAACACCAUGCUGACAUAAACCUAGAACAGAUUAUAAAAGACUUUAUUCCUAAAUACAUUUAAUGCUUCAUCACAUGACUCUAAAUAUCCCUGAAAGUAUUUUAUGUUAAUAUAUAAAGAAUUGUUAUACUGAUCAAAAUUUCAUUGUUUCUAGUUAUGGUGGCUUAAGAAAGCCAACAUACUGUUAUACUACACAAACAUAUUAUUCUUCCGUCUUCUUCUUCUUAGAAGAACUCCUAGACCAUUCAUACUGCAACCACCAAACUAACUCCAGACCUCCUUAUACUGAAUUAAGUUGCUAUAUCUUUUCCAACUGAUCUGACUUACGGUUUUCCCAAAACUUUCCUGGAAAAUUCGAAAAAGUCCCAUUGACUUAACAUUGGACCAAACUUUGUGACCUCAUAACCUUGCGCCAGACUAUCAUACAGACUUAAGUUUGGGCUCAUUUAACUCAGACUACCAAUCUGCCAAAAACUGAUGACCUUUCAACUUACUAGCCACACCCUAGCAACCAUUUACGCCAGAACGUACUAACAUAUUAGCAACAUGCUAAUUCAUACUAUAAACAUUAUAGCAACAUGCUAAAUUCAUGCUCACAACAUGCUAGUUUUACUAGAAACAUGCUAGCAACAUGCUAAUUCAUACUACAACCAUGCUAAUGACAUGUUAAUUUAACACUCACUUAGCAACACCCUAGCAACAACCUAGAACGCCUUAGCAACCACCUAGCAACAUCUUAGCAAAGACCUACAACACCUUAGCAAUCUCCUAGCAACACCUUAGCAACCACCCAGCAACACCUUAGCAACCACUCAAAACACCCUAGCAACCACUUAGCAAUGCCUUAGUAACCACCCAGAACUGCCUAACAACCUCCUAGCAACACCUUAGGAACCACCUAGCAACACCUUAGCAAUGACCUAGAACACCUUAGCAAUGACCUAGAACACCUUAGCAUCCGCCAAGCAACACCUUAGCAACGACCUAGAACACCUUAGCAACCGCCAAGCAACACCUUCACAACCACCUAGCAACAUCUUAGCAAUGACCUACAAUACCUUAGCAACCUCCAAGCAACACCUUAGCAACCUCUCAGAACACCCAAGCAACCAUUCAGAACAUCCUAGCAACCACUUAGCAACACC